AUGGCAUUUGGAGUUGGUGUCCUCUGCCUCUUCCUGUGGGCAAUAACAGGUUCCAGUAGUGAGCAGUGCAGAGAAGGAGCCACGUACUCGGGGGCAGUGAUCUCUCCCAACCUGGAGAGCACCAAGCUGCUGCGUGUCCCUCACGCCGCCUCGGUGCCCGCCUGCACCGCCGCCUGCUGCAGCCUGGCCGCCUGCGACCUGGCCUGGCUGUUCGAGCGACGCUGCUACGUCGUCAGCUGCCAGCACAAAGACAACUGCCAGCCGAAACAAAUCGACACCGUCAAGUCCUACCUUACUUUUGUGCUCAGGCCUUCUCAGAGGCCAGCCUCGCUGCUGGGGUUCGGGCAGGCCAUCCCGAGCAUGGUGUACUCGGUGGGACUCCAGAACGAGCCGUCUGAGGGAGUGGGCAGCCUGAAGGAGCUGUCUCUGCUUGGCAAAGAUCCCAGCCUGGAGGACAUACCCGAAUACAUUGAUGAUUAUAAAGAGUUGGAGCGUGACCCCUUUCAGGUGAGCCCCAAGCACGAGCAGAAGGAGAGCACAGACUAUGCAGACUGGGGCCUCAUGGUGACGGGUGAAAACGGCUUCAACUCUUCCAUGGGCGAUGAUGGAGAUAACCAGGAAGACUUUGCAGCAAAGAAAGGGGAGGCUGGGAAGGUGGAAAGCCUUCUGAAUAAAACCAGCUCUGCCUUGAACUCUGUCACUGAACGCUCCACAGAGGGGUCAUCGUCUCUCCAGGACAUGACGCCGACCCCCAGGAAGACAUUUGGAAGUGAAGCAGCUGUUCAACUUCUUGCCCAACCUGCUGAUGCUUUGCAAAGAGAGGCUGUUACGUCUCCUCCUCCUUCAGACAAGCUGGAUUUCUCCCCAGGUGUGUCAGACAAAACCCAGACUCCCACAGUGGCCCCAGAGAAUGUCACUGAAGGUGGGGCCGUGCCGCUUCCCACCCCUGCAACGCCACCGGAGCCCGUGCUGCAGUUCACACCAGCUGCCACUGCUGCUAAAGCAGAUACAGUCAAAGAGCUUGUUGUGUCUGCUGGAGAUAACAUACAAGUGAUGCUGCCCAAAAACGAGGUUGAGCUGAAUGCCUUUGUUGUCCCGCCACCGCUUACAGAAACAGCCUACACCUAUGAGUGGAGCUUGAUCAGUCACCCUGCAGACUAUGGCGGUGAAAUGGAGCGCAGGCAUAGCCAGACCUUGAAACUCUCUCACUUAUCAGUGGGACUUUAUGUCUUCAAGGUGACAGUUUCUGGUGAAAAUGCCUUUGGUGAAGGUUUUGUAAAUGUCACAGUCAAACCAGCAGUCAGAGUUAACCAGCCGCCUGUUGCCGUUGCUUCACCCCAAGUACAAGAAGUUUCUUUACCUACAACUUCCACGUUCAUUGAUGGCAGUCAAAGUGUUGAUGAUGUGAAGAUAGUGAGCUACCACUGGGAGGAAAUUAAAGGUCCUUUGCGAGAGCAGAAGGCAUCUGCUGACACACCCGUCUUGCACUUGUCUAACCUUGUCCCUGGAAACUACACUUUCAGACUGACAGUGAUUGACUCAGAUGGAGCAGCCAACUCCACUAUUGCAUCUCUGAGUGUCAACAAGGCAGUGGACUACCCACCCAUUGCCAAUGCAGGCCCUAACCAGGCAGUCACCCUGCCCCAGAACUUCAUCACCCUCAACGGGAACCAGAGCAGUGACGACCACGAGAUUGUCAGCUAUGAGUGGUCACUCAGUCCCAAAAGCAAAGGCAAGGUGGUGGCAAUGCAGGGGGUGCGCACGCCGUACCUGCAGCUCUCGGCCAUGCAGGAGGGAGAUUACACCUUCCAGCUGACCGUGACCGACUCGGCGAGGCAACGGGCCACUGCUGAGGUCACGCUCAUCGUGCGGCCUGAAAAUAAUAGUCCUCCAGUAGCAGUGGCUGGCCCUGACAAAGAAUUGACCUUCCCAGUAGAAAGUACUACACUGGAUGGAAGCAAAAGCCAAGAUGACCAAGGCAUUGUCUUCUAUCAUUGGGAAAAUAUCAGUGGCCCAAGCUCUGUGCAGAUGGAAAACAGUGACAAAGCAAUAGCAACUGUGACUGGCCUGCAGGUUGGGACCUACCGCUUCAGGCUGACUGUGAAAGACCAGCAGGGCUUGAGCAGUGCAUCCGCCCUCUCCAUUACUGUGAAGGAAGAAAACAACAGUCCACCCCGGGCACAUGCUGGAGGGAAGCAUGUUCUAGUGCUUCCAAAUAACUCUAUUACCUUGGAUGGCUCAAGGUCUGCUGAUGACCAGGGGAUCGUGUCGUAUCUCUGGAUUCGGGAUGGUCAAAGCCCAGCAGCUGGGGAUGUGAUCCAAGGCUCAGACCAUGAAGCAGUGCUGCAGCUGACUAAUCUGGUGGAAGGAACCUAUACUUUCCACCUGAAAGUGAUGGAUGCAAAGGGAGACUCGGAUAUUGACUCAGCCACCGUGGAAGUGCGGCCUGAUCCCAAAAGGAGUGGUCUGGUGGAGCUGAUUCUGCAAGUUGGAGUGGGCCAGCUGAGUGAACAGCAGAAGGACACGCUGGUGAGGCAGCUGGCUGUGCUGCUGAAUGUUUUGGAUUCGGAUAUCAAGGUUCAGAAGAUACAGGCCUACUCAGACUUAAGCACCGCCGUGGUGUUCUACGUGCAGGACGGGCACCCGGCCAAGGUGAUGAAGGCGUCGGACGUGUCACGAGCUCUGCACGUGCAGCUGCUGAAGGAGAAGGCUGACUUUCUGCUCUUCAAAGUCCUGCGGGUUGACACAGCCGCCUGUCUUUUAAAAUGCUCUGGCCAUGGACACUGUGACCCCAUAACCAAACGCUGCAUUUGCUACCAGCUGUGGAUGGAAAACCUGAUUCAGCGUUACCUAAAUGAUGGAGAGAGCAAUUGUGAGUGGAGUAUACUCUAUGUGACUGUAUCUGUUUUCACAUUGGUUGUGGUCAUGGUGGGACUUGCCUGGUUCUGCAUCUGCUGCUGCAAAAGCAGGAAGAGGACAAAGAUAAGAAAGAAAACAAAAUAUACCAUCCUAGAUAACAUAGAUGAGCAAGAGAGAAUGGAGCUACGACCCAAAUAUGGUAUAAAACACAGAAGUACAGAACACAACUCCAGUCUGAUGGUCUCCGAGUCGGAGUUUGACAGUGAUCAGGACACUAUCUUCAGCAGAGAAAAGAUUGAACGGGAGAAUCCCAAGAGCCUGAUGAAUGGAUCCAUCAGAAAUGGAGUUUCCUUCAACUACAGCUCCAAAGACAGAUAACUGAAUGAGGGCAAA